UUGUCGUUGUUGUCGUCGUCGUCGUCGUCGUCGUCGUCGUCCUCGUCGUCGUCGUCGUCGUCGUCAUCAUCAUCGUCGUCGUCGUCGUCGUAGUCGAAUCUGCCUGUCAGCGUUGACGUACUCGGCCGAUGUUAAACGACAAGAGGUUCGAGAACGACGCACUGGCGGCGGAGAGCGAGCGCCGUAGCAAUGGGAGCGCCGUGGUCCCAUCAGGCCCGGUGGUGUUGUUGUCGUCGUCGUCGUCGUCGUCGUACGCGAUACCAAGCUAUGGAAUCGCAAGCAUUGCCGGUAACGAUCAAGGAUUCACGUUCGAGGGCGUCGGUACGAGGACGACAAUGACAACGAUGACGACGACGACGACGGCGACGAGUUUACGCCGCGCAGCUACCGCGGCGGUAGGUGGCGGAGGGUUCUGCACCGGAAGUCAGGCCCCGUCGGCGGUCGGAGCCGUCGUAGUCAUGGGUGCUGGCACCGGUUGCACGACUGGCGAACGUACGAGUAGCAGUACAGGCUAUCCGAAGGAGGUCCGAUACGCGCCGACGAGCGUGACUACGGCUCUCUCGCCGGUUAUUCCGUCGGCCCUUCCGUCGGCUCUUCCGUCGGCUCUAACAUCGGCUGUACCGUCGGCUAUUCCGUCGGCAGUCCCGUCGGUCGUCGGCGGGCCAACGCCGACGAUCUCGGUCCCGCCACCGGCCACGCCGCCGGCCACUGCCGGUGGGGCUCUCGUUCAAACGGGACAAGCCUCGAUACUACAACAACAUCAGCAACAACAACAGCAACAACAACAACAACAACAACAACAGCAGCAGCAGAUUCAGGCCCAGCUACAACAAACAUCGGUGCCGCCGCCACCACCGCCACCACCGCCCCUGCCGCUGCAGAUGCAGCAGCAGCGUGCCUUCUCGAGGUCUAUGACGUCUCUACCGCCGGAACCGUUCAUGAUAAUGCGUUCGAAGGCCCUAAAUCGACGGGUUUCGAUCAACGUCGGUGGCGUCAAACACGAAGUAUUAUGGCGUACCCUCGAGAGGUUACCGCACACCCGGCUCGGACGUCUUCGCGAUUGUAAUACCCACGAGGCGAUCACCGAACUCUGCGACGACUAUUCCCUCAUCGACAACGAGUACUUCUUCGAUCGGCAUCCAAAAUCAUUUAGCUCGAUCCUCAAUUUUUAUCGUACCGGAAAGCUUCAUCUCGUAGACGAGAUGUGCGUCUUAGCGUUCAGCGACGAUCUCGAGUAUUGGGGCGUCGAUGAGCUCUACUUGGAAAGUUGCUGUCAGCACAAGUAUCACCAACGAAAGGAGCACGUCCACGAGGAGAUGCGCAAAGAGGCCGAGUCCCUCAGGCAGAGGGAGGAAGAGGAGUUCGGGGAGGGACAAUGCGCGCAGUAUCAAAAGUGGCUCUGGGAUCUUCUCGAGAAGCCAACCACCUCCAUCGCCGCGAGGGUGAUAGCUGUGAUAUCAAUACUUUUUAUUGUGCUUUCGACGAUCGCACUAACUCUCAACACCAUUCCUAGUAUGCAAGUGAAUGAUGAGAAGGGGAACUUUCAAGACAAUCCGCAGCUUGCCAUGGUGGAAGCCGUGUGUAUAACAUGGUUCACCCUCGAGUACGUGCUUAGGUUCAGUGCUUCGCCGGACAAAUGGAAAUUCUUCAAAGGCGGUCUUAACGUGAUCGAUUUAUUGGCUAUACUGCCGUACUACGUAUCCCUGUUCCUGGUCGAGACAAACAAGAAUGCGACCGACCAAUUCCAAGACGUACGCAGGGUAGUCCAAAUAUUUCGUAUAAUGAGGAUCUUAAGAAUUUUGAAGUUGGCUCGACAUUCGACCGGGCUACAGAGUCUCGGCUUCACUCUACGUAACUCUUAUAAGGAGUUGGGCCUGCUGAUGCUCUUCCUGGCAAUGGGCGUCCUCAUAUUCUCUAGUCUCGCCUACUUCGCUGAGAAGGAGGAGCCCGGGACCAAAUUCAUAAGCAUUCCAGAGACCUUCUGGUGGGCAGGCAUCACGAUGACCACCGUCGGAUACGGCGACAUCUACCCCACGACCCCGCUCGGCAAGGUGAUCGGCAGUGUGUGUUGUAUAUGUGGUGUCCUGGUAAUCGCGUUACCCAUUCCCAUUAUCGUCAACAACUUCGCUGAGUUCUACAAGAAUCAGAUGAGACGGGAGAAGGCCCUUAAGAGACGGGAGGCUCUUGAGAGGGCUAAGAGAGAGGGCAGCAUCGUCUCCUUUCAUCACAUCAAUCUGAGGGAUGCUUUCGCCAAGAGCAUGGACCUUAUCGACGUCAUCGUUGAUACUGGUCACAACAUGUCCGGGGUAGAUGGUAACAGCACGGAAGGUGAAUCAGCAUGCGGACGGGGUCCUGCACAAACUGGUCCCGGUUGCUAUCGUAACUAUGAGCAUUACAGUCUCUCCCGCCAUCGUCGUAGUGCGUCGUCCUGCUUCCCGAAUCUGCCGAACGAUCUACCGACGACACCGGACAGUCCGAAUCGUCGUCUUUUGGACUUUGCACAGAGCGUACCCGGGACGCAGAACGACGAUUAUUUCCACGACGAGGUACCGGCACAGAACGCGAAUCAAGGCAAUACGACACCCAGCGAUGAAGAGAAAAAAGAGAGCAGAAAAUUCGAGAAAAUUGAUGAAAUACCUAGCGAAUUCGAGUGUUGCUUUUGUACUACGAAGGAGUACAAAGAGUUCAGAGACGCCGAGAACAUAAUGCCAUUGGCGACGAGCGACUUUCGUAAUCCCGUUUGUCAGGAGCUACGAUCUCUCAGAUCAGCUAGCGGCGGGAUAGAUCGUAUAGCGUCGAUGUUUGCUGAAACGAAGACGUCACCAUUACAAGCACCGGAUAUAUCAUCUUCGACGUUCGGCAAAGUAUAUAACGAACAAGGGAGCGUUGACAGUUCAGACACUUAUGCCAGUUGUCAAACACAUCCGUCUCAUUCUCAGGGCGACCUGACCGAAGAAGCGGACAGCAACCUUUACGUUAAUCCAUUAGAAGCAGCCGAAAAGUGCGGAGGAAGUAAUAAUACUACUGGAGGAGAUAGAAGAGUGAAGAAAUCGAUAUCAGGGGAAGUUGCCCGUAAUAUCAGCGAUAUAUCUCCUACAGUCGAGUCGUUCAAGGAUCUUCGUCCUUUCAACGAACCCAGUAAGGUCGCCCUGAAUGACUCCAUACCAAAGCAUAGAAAAAUACGUAUUCAGCAAAGCGGCAGACCUCGUGCACAAUUUAUCUGCGACCAGGAUAAUAUGUCUACUCGAAUCACUGUGAAAGAGAUGGAAAACAAUAAUAAUCACUAUGGAGGACUACGUGGUGGACGACCAUUCGCGUUCGGACCGACAAAUAGCCUUGCAUCCGCAAGUCGUAUAAUCAAUCAUCAUUUCUUCGGAUCGAUUAGCGGUCCUAGGCAUUACAGUACAGGCACAAACGCCGCCGCCGAAAGCAAGCUUUCAUUGUCAGCAGACUCGAUAGACAGCGAAGGUGUACCAUUCAUAGAUAAACAUCGUGUCGCUAAAUCGAUUUUGAAGAAAUCAGAAAGUAGCAGCAAUUAUUACAACAAUGUUGGCGAUUCCGAUACGGAAAAAUUAAUAACCGAUAAUACGUCAAUGGGAAGUAUGUGUGAUAACGAGACACGUCCGAAACAUCAGCAACAACAACAGCAGCAACAGCAACCGGUGUCACCACUUUUAUCGAGGCAAGUUCUCGAAUCCAUCUUCAGAACUAACAACAAUGCUGAAAGGGACUUUUCGAUUGAUCAAACCGAUGGGAAAAAUUGUAUUGCCAAGAUACCGAGAUUACUAUUCGACGAUGUCCUUGAAGAAGAGAAACAUGCACGUGAUGAAACAGUAGCAGAGAAUAAAAAUAAAGAAACUGAGGAACAUAGGCAACGUACGAAAGUGCAUACGGACGAAGCUUCGAAGGACAGUCAAACGAUGUUGAUAUGUUCAUUAAGACCAUACAAAGUUGUUAGGAAAUCCGAAGAAAAGAGAAAACCCGUAUCGAAUAAAUCGUCGACUACGAGUAGUCACAGUUGUGCAACUUACAAAAGCUCCGACACGAAUUGUCUUCCUCAAGAGUAUCGUUUUUCAUCGUAACCGAUAUCGGUAUCAAUUCAUUCUCCUACUCUUCACGCGGAUUCUAUAUAAUUAUUGUUUUCAAUCGAGAUUUAAUCCUCUAUAACAUCAUACAUAUAUAUGUAUAUAACAUUCAAAUAGAAACAUUUUUAUAUUUAUUUGGAAAUUUUAUUUCAUAUUAUUGGCAAAGAAUUUUUAUUAAUUUUUUUAUUUUAUAUAU